CAAUGUUAUCAGCUUCGAUUCAAACGCUGUCAUAUAUUUACUCCAUUAACACAGAUCUCGAUUUGUGUACAACUACGAAUACCAUUACAACGAUAACCUCAUCCUCCAACCUACCGUACCAAAUAUCCGUGCCCUUCUUCACACCCAUCCCAUUAACAACCUUUCGCAUCAUUCCAUCCUCCCAACCCAGGGAAACUCAGCACUAUGCCAAACCCAACCCCCGCCGAAACAGAAGCCCACCAAAAACUCCUUGACACCCUAGACAUCGCCCAAAUCCCGCGCCCUUUCCGCUCCUCCACCUGGCGACCCUCCCAACGCCGCAACAAAAACGUCAAACAACUCCUCUCCGAGAACUCCAGAAAAGAAGCCACUGCUUCAGUUCUAGCUACGCAAGCAAACUCCGGUGCAACAACCCCCCUCCCACCGACCACCGACACAGAGACACAUGCUGAAGGAGCGCAGGGGGGAGAGCAUAUAGCGCAGGCAGCGCAGAACCUGUCAACGCUGGUUUUGGAGAAGAAUGCGAAUGCACGGGCGAUGGCUGGUUUGGGGUCAGGACCAUCCGUGACGUGGACGAAUAUCGAGUCUGCGCCGUCGUUGCAUCCUGCGCAGCAGAAACGGUACUGUGAUAUCACGGGGUUGCCGGCUUCGUAUACGGAUCCAAAGACAAGACUACGGUAUCAUGAUAAGGAGGUUUUUGGAGUGAUCCGGUCAUUGGCGCAGGGUGUGCCGGAGAGUUAUUUGGAGGCUAGGGGGGCGCAGGUUGUGCUCAAGUAGUGUUCUACCAACUGUACUCUGUACUACGGGAAUACCACAACAAGAAAAUGUACGAUCAACACAGUCAAGCCCUUUCCACCCACCGUGCCCCUUUCGAGACAGGUUCAAAGAAAACGCUCCGGCUUAUUCGUGAUCCAAGAAAAAGAAGAUUGCUCUUCGCCUUGUGCUUUGCACUCGACUAGUACCGAUGCUCCACCGAAUUGGAACAUCAGUUACAGCACACAGGGUGCUGUCGUCGCGGCGGUCCUUUACUGGAGGGAUAUCAUAUCAAACGCUGAGGGAAUAAUAACUGUAAUGUUAGUCUAAUAAUGAACACUGUGCGUAUUAAGCAACAUCCGAUUGAGCAAU